AUUACACAAUCAUACAAUCAUAUACUUCACUACUUCAAAACUAAGCUAGUAAAACUACAAAAUUAGUGUCAAAAUGGUAAGUGCAAUGCUAAAAAAACUAAUAAGUUUGGCGGUGGUUUGCAUGGCGGUUAUAACCCUCGUCAACCCUCGUGCAGCCGAGGCGGCGGUGACCACUUGUGGCCAGGUGUCGAAGACCUUAGCACCAUGCAUGGCGUAUUUGAAAGGUAGUGGUGCUGGUGGCCCGCCGCGCAAUUGUUGCGACGGGGCACGGGCUCUUAAGGCCGCUGCUCAAACUACGGCUGAUCGUAGGAUGGCAUGUAAUUGCAUGAAAACAGCAGCGUCUAAGACUAAAGGCUUAAAUUAUAACCUUGCUUCUAGACUUGCUUCUCAAUGUGGUGUUCAAGCUAGUUACUCCUUUAACCCCAAAGUCAAUUGCAACAGUGUGCAGUGAUCUGAAGUGUUUCCUUGUGAAAUAAAGAGAGGAGAGUUGAUCUAAAGUUCAGAAAUAAAAAUACAAUCUUCAGAGGAUGGGUAGCCCUAUCUAAGACGACUCUGGAUGUCGUCUCAUCGUAGUAUUACUAUAGAAUUUUUGUAAUUUUACACAUGCAUAUGUGAUGCAAGUCUUGAUGCGUUACACUUACACAUAUGUAUUUCAAAUUUUCAUUAAUAAGCUAUCUAAAUUGUGGACCGAAGAACUUAUACCGUGUAAUUUUAAGUUUCAUUGUGCGAAAACAAUUAGGAUGCA